AUGACACGGAUUGGUGACCAGGCUGCUAAAAAGGGCGGCGUUCAGCUGGUCGCAGUAGAAUUCACAAUGACACGGAAUGAGACUGCUCCAAAAGCCGGCGUUCGGCUGGUCGACAUAGAACUCACAGCACACAGAACAGCUGGGCCAAAAAACGGACACCAGCCGAGCCUGCGUGAUCCAAAAGGCGGCGGCAGCAGGCUGUUGUAA